AUGGCAAUGAGUCUUAGGAAUGGAGGGGAUUUGGACAGAGAGCAAGAAGUUGCUCAAUCUAAUAGAGAUGCAGGGUCACUUACUCCAGUGCCAUUUGAUAUUGAUGAGUCGACGGAGCUCACAGAGGUUGUAAUUGAACAAACACAAGUUGACAAAGGAAAGGAUAAAGAAAUUGAACAGUUCCCUAAACGGGAAGUGGAAACGACUUCUAAUCAGGAAAAGACACAGAGCAGUGAGCAGAAGCUACUUCCAGCACCAUUCCCUCAAAGAUUGGCAAAGCAAAAGAAAGAUGAUCAAUACAUGAAAUUCAUGGAAAUAUUCAGACAGAUUCAAUUGAAUAUUUUGAUGAUGGAUGCUUUGAGGGAAAUGCUGGGUUAUGAUAAAAUGAUGAAGGAUUUGAAGUCUCAAAAUAUUAACUUGAUGCCAUUGUCAAUAUACACAAAGUUAGGCAUUGGCAGAGCUAGACCAACCUCAAUGUUGCUACAACUGGCUGAUCGUACAGUUAAAAGGCCAACAGGAAUUCUGGAUGAUGUGCUUAUCCAAGUGGGGAGGUUUGUAUUUCUUGCUAAUUUCGUUAUUCUUGACUGCCAUGUUGACGAAGAAAUAUACAUAAUUUUGGGAAGGACGUUCUUAGCCACUGGGAGAGCAUUGAUUGAUUAUGAGACUAGAGAGCUGAAAAUGAGGUUAGCAAUUGAGGAGCUAAAAAAGAGACUGGUGACUGUACCAAUCAUCGUUGCACUCGACUAA